GUAAACAAAAAUCGCCACCACAAAAAGAAAAAAGAAGGAAACGAUGUCGAAGAUGGUUAUGUUGCUGAGCUCCGAUGGUGAAUCUUUCCAGGUCGAAGAAGCAGUCGCGGUCCAGUCACAGACGAUAGCACAUAUGAUUGAAGACGAUUGCGUCGCCAAUGGAGUCCCUAUCGCAAACGUUACAGGAGUCAUCCUCUCGAAGGUGAUCGAGUAUUGCAAGAAACACGUCGUUUCUGAUUCACCAACCGAAGAGAGCAAAGACGAACUCAAGAAGUGGGACGCUGAGUUCAUGAAGGCCCUGGAACAGUCGUCGACUCUCUUUGAUGUUAUGCUGGCUGCGAAUUACCUAAACAUAAAAGACCUGCUUGACCUUGGUUGCCAAACUGUUGCUGACAUGAUCACUGGCAAGAAACCAGACGAGAUUCGUGCACUUCUUGGCAUCGAGAACGAUUUUACACCGGAGGAGGAAGAGGAGAUUCGUAAGGAGAAUCAAUGGGCUUUUGAAUGAUUCUUUAGUUUUCUUUUUCGACGUUAGUGUGCUUUCUGAUCUUCUUUAUCAAGAUCAAUGUCUCGUGUUCUUUUUUCUUUAGUUUGUUUCCGAUCUCUUGAACAGUGUCUUUUGUUCUUUCUUCUCUUGUGUGUAUGUGUGUUUUCUUGAUCAAUGUGACUUCGUUAUUGUCUUUUCUAA